GAUGAUGAUGAUGAUGAAAGUGGGCAAAGUGUUUCUUGCUAUGGCGACUCCCAAAACUGGAAGCAGGUUGUUCUUGCGCUUGGCUGGUUAUCUGGAGCUUGAUUUGCUGAUCCAGGCCUAUCCAGAGCAAACCCUCUCCAAGGACACAUUCUCUGCUAUGAAGGCAUCGCAUUAAAUUCCAGCAUUGUUCUUUGGUCUAGGUCUGUGAUAACACACCAAAGAGACGGAAACUUGCAUUGGUUCAUUCUCUGCCUUCCUCCUUGGGUAAAUUAGUUGCAGAUCUUUAUAAAUUGCCUCCAGAAUCCCAGUCCAAGGGUCAUAGGGAUUCAGUCUAACCAGAAAACCUUUAAUAUUCUGCCACUGGAGAAGUGGAAGAAUUGUGGUUUUGUAGGAAGCAAAGUGUCAGCCGUGUAACUUAACCCACUUCGUUUCAAUCGCAGUACAAAACGGCUUUUGCUAAAGUAUUUUCAUGUCUUUUUGCAAGUUUAGGGAUUCCUUUUGUCUCUAUAAACAUCUCAAAAGCGAAAUGUGUUUGGAAGUGUCCGUUCUUGAAGCGUCAGGAAACUCACCUGCCUUUUUGGCAUUCAAAAAAGGCCUUCUGAAUACAUACAUUUUUAAAAGGGACAGGAAGUUUGAGUGUCAGGUUGCAGCCGAUCGGUCUUUUCAUCCAGCAUGAUUUGCUAUUCUGUGCCAGUUUGGGAGCAGUUUCAAACAAUGACAGCUAAGUACAGAUCAAUAUUUUCACGACAGCCCAGGUCAUCUUUUUCUUUCUUCGCUUUCCGUUUAUCAUCCAGAGAGAACAAAUCCCAAAGCCUUUCUUCAGAAACCCUGGAACAAGGUUUCCUUUGUCGUAGGGCCAUCCUUUGGGCGCACAUUCAGGCUCUCCAUUUUCUUGUUUUUAUCCAUUUGGACUUCAGUUUGGGGUGUGUGUGUGUGUGUGUGUGUGUGUGUGUAGAUCAUUGUUCUGUCAAAGAUAUUCAGCAAUCUGUGGCUUUUUUCCAUUCAUUUGAAAACUCACGCUCAUACAAAAGCACCUUAAAAUCAAUAUAACCUUUUUAGUUUUUAGAAGAAUGGUUCACUACUGAGAAUCCUUUCCCAAAAUGCUCAACCUUAUUGUUCUAUGGAUAGUUUUUUCUCAGGAUUGGGUUCCAUAAUCUGUUAAGGAGUUAUCCAUAUGAAGGGAGGAAAUAAAAAGUCUAUCUAUAGACGCUCUUUUUGGAGACUCAGUUGUGCUUGAAGGUUGUGUAGCUUUUAAAACUUUGGAAAGUUAGAUCUAUGUGUGUCUGAUUGGAGGGGAAAGUAAAGCAAAACAGACAAAUCUCUUUUUCUUUGGUUAUAGGAGUCUAGAGACGGAAAACAAUAAACGUAUUUCAUUAACUUUCAAAAUCCUUUUCUUCAUGCUGACCAUAUUUCUUGGGAAAGAGGAAACAAGCAAGGAGCUGGAAAUCAUCAGCGCAGACAACAUUUGCCAAAUCAAUAAGGCUUUUCCAAAGGCACUUAAAGCUUCUUUGAGAGUAGCUAUGGUUCCUUAGCUCAGUUAUUGUAUAUACGUUCUGGACACAGCUCCAUUUGUUUCCUCCUGUUCCCUCGUCUUAUUUCUCUCCUUGAAAACAUCCUUCAUAUCUCCUCAGAUUCUUCAGUCUUUGCCGGAUCAUGGCAAUAGAUGAAUUCUGUCUUCUUUCCAAGAUAUUUUUACAUACAGUACUUUUAAAAAACGGUCCCCUUCUUAUUAUUGUUCUUCUUCUUCAUCAUCAUCAUCAUCUUCGCAACAACUUUGUGGAGGAAGGCUCAGCCCAAGCGAAGGCCCCACGGUGUGGUGCUGCUUUUGUAGGCUGCCAUUUUAAGUGUGGUUCUCCAUUGGCUUUAAGAACGCUCCUUCUGCAUUGGGAUACCUCUCCGUGCUCUUCCUGACGUAGCCCAUGUUUUUGACAAAGGUGUGCAACAUACCUACGAAAGUCUCAAACAUCUGCAGAUAUCAGUGCAUCCAACAGCAGUUGUGCAAAUUUCAGGAGAGAAAGAAGACAACCAGAAUUCUUCUAAAUCAGCUGGACUGUCAUCAACAGAGCAAGAGGAGAAGACUUUGAAUGAUCUUGUGGGCCUUUUGCAAGAUAUGGUCAAAAACAUCCCGACGCAGCGAACCCAGCCGCCAGAGGAAUCCCAAACUGGCGCGGCACCCAUAUCCCCCAGAGAGCCUUCUCCCUCGAGUACAGUUGACACAGUCUGGAAGAGCGUUAAGCCGAAGGAGGAGGAAAUUAAAAUAGAGGCGUCGGAAACAGUUGUCUUGGCUACAGAAACCCCCCAAACGACAACAGCGUUUUGGCAUCUCAGAAACGACACGAAUGCCUCUGUUGUUUUGCAUUCGGAUAGGACCACGACAAAAAGCACAACUCCAGAAGGUUACCAGCAUGAGAUAAGUGCGUCAAUUUCUUUCUUUUCUGCGACUCCUGCAACUCCUGCUUCACAAAAACCACUGGUCAGCGCGUCACUUUUGUUGGCAAAUAAUACCACUCCUGCAGCAAACGCUAAGAGUUUUGAUCAGCUCACAAAUGGAGCCUUGGCCAGUCUGGUGGAGUCCUUAAAGAAUGUUAAAAAGUUACACCUGAAACUACACAAACCCACCAGCCAACCCCAGCAGGAGAGCAGUAAAGAAACCCGUGUGGAGGCACCUCAGCGUAAGCCUUCAGGAGCAGACAUCUUGGACUUAAUCGACACACUGAUCAAAACGAUAAAGAACGCGCCAGCGACUGUUAAGGAAGACCCUGCGCUCCACAACUACAUUCAUAAAGCAGAAGGCUACCUAAAAAAUGCUUUGGAGUUGGCCGCAGAAGCAGAGAAGAAGCUGGCCAAGGCCAUGAAGCAGGAGCAGGAGAAGGGGAAUGGGAAAGAAAAUGAGAAGGAGCAGGAGAAGGAGAAGGAGGCGGUAGUAGAGGUGGUGGUAUCUGCCUCGCCACCAACCAAAGCGCCUGCAUCCGUGGCGCCCAACCAUGCACCUCCGCCUCCAUCUGAGUCAUUAGCCAAAAAGGCAAAUGAAACACAAGUAGAAAUGGGGAAGCUAAAAGCAUUCAUUAACUUGCUGUAUGGUUUUAGUCCCCAGCUAACAUCAUACGCACAAAAUUCACCCAAUAAAAAAGGGGCUGAGGAUAUUAUUGAUAGAACAAUGGCAGUCCUUAGUGCCAUAAAGAGCGUUUUCUGUGGAAAUGCGGAUGGUCAGAGCAAACAGAUGCUGAAGCAAUUGUUAGAGAAAGACAUGGAGCUUGUAAAGCAAGCCAUGAAGGAGGCCAUCUAGGAAGGAACACCUGUUUCCUGGUAGUCUAGGUGUUUUUCAUCAGAGUUAUGUACAAUUAGUAAUCCGUUUUCUCAUUCAUAACAGCCAGCUGAAUAUAUCUGUUUGUAUCCAUUGACAAGUCUGGAAUUAAAUAUUUCUUUGCAAAUAA